AUGGAGCUGGGCGUGGCCCCGCACCUGUGGCUCAUUGGGGCUGCUCUACUGGUGCUUAAAUGGAGCAUUCAGUCAGCUGAAGGACGCCAGAGUGUUAAACCGUUGUGUUCGUCAAGCCCUGGAUUGCUCACCCGCCUGUCUCCACACUCUGAAGACUGGUCACUGAAUCUCUGCUGCUCAGAUUCUGCUCUGGCGUUCCCCCUCCAGUCCCCUCGGUACUACCGAGUCAGACAAGUCGAGUCAGCUGCCUCCGCUGCGAUGCUGCUCGGACCCCCGCCAAAGUCCCGCCUGUCGCUCAGCCACCUCCUCCCAUCAGAAAGCUUCAUUAUCUCUGUUUUAUUUUUCUCUGUGUUUGAAGGUGCUCGUCCUUUAGUUCCAAGGGAGCUUUUGGCAGAAUGCUUAAAUGAUGAUGACUAUAACCAACUGUUAGAAACUCUUGAAAAUGGCCUCCCCAAAACUAAUACACCUCUUCAUGUAAUCAUUGUUGGAGCUGGCAUGGCUGGAUUGACUGCAGCAAAGCUACUCGAAGAUGCAGGACACAAUGUGACCAUAUUGGAGGCAAGCGGUCGGGUUGGAGGCCGGGUGGAGACCUACAGAAAUCACAAAGAGGGCUGGUAUGUGGAACUAGGGGCCAUGAGAAUCCCAAGUUCUCACAAAAUUCUCCUCCGCUUUGCGGAAAAGUUGGGUGUCUCACUCAAUACAUUUAUAAUGGAUGACGAUGAAACCUUUUACCUGGUCAAUGAACAAAAGAAAUACAAGAACUAUGAAGUGAAAAAGAACCCAAACAUUUUGAAGUACAACCUGUUGGAGAAUGAGAAAAACAAAUCAGCAGAUGAACUUUUACAGGGAGCUUUAAGACAGAUAGAAAUUGAAGUGGUGGAACAUGGGUGCCAGGCUGCUUUGAAAAAAUAUGACAGAUUUACUGUAAGGGGAUACUUAAAAGAAUUUGGUCACUUGAGUAAAGAAGCAAUAAGGAUGAUCGGAGACCUUCUUAACCAGGAUAGCCUAAUGCACCUUGCACUGAGCGAGAUGGUCUAUGAGCAAAGUGUCAUCAGUGACGACAUCAGGUACUAUGAAGUUAAAGGUGGGACAGAUAUUCUCCCAAGAGCUUUCCUUAAAGUUCUAAAUGUCCCAAUUUUACUGAACUCCGAAGUUAAAAGGAUCAAGCAGUCAGAUGAAGGUGUGUUGGUCUCCUAUAAGAAAGAUGAGCAGUCCUCUCUUAGUGACAUGAAAGGGGAUGUUGUCCUGGUUACGACCACAACUAAAGCAGCUCUUUACAUGGACUUUGAUCCACAUCUUUCCACCCAAAAGAUGGAAGCUCUUAGGUCAGUUCAUUAUGACAAUGCUGUUAAAGUUGUUCUCACCUUCAGUGAAAGAUUUUGGGAAAGAGAUGGCAUCAAAGGGGGAAAAAGCGUCACAGAUAGGCCUUCUCGUUUCAUCUACUAUCCCAGCCACAGUUUUGCUGAAAAUGAGACUAUCGGAGUUCUCCUGGCUUCCUACACCUGGUCUGAAGAUUCUCUCCUCCUCUUGGGUGCAAGUGACGAAGAGCUGAAAGAGCUGGUUCUGAAAGAUUUGGUACUGAUUCAUGGGGAACAUGUUAAGUCUUUGUGUACCGGUGUGGUGGUUAAGAAGUGGAGUUUGGAUCCUUAUAGUAAAGGUGCAUAUGCUCUAUUUGCACCCAACCAAAAUGUAGAAUAUGCAAAAGAGCUCUUCAGGAAUGAAGGCAAGAUCCAUUUUGCUGGAGAACACACAGCUUUCCCUCAUGCCUGGAUAGAAACCGCAAUGAAAUCAGCAAUAAGAGCAGCAACAAACAUUAAUAACGAGGCUCAGAAGACAUAA